AUGUGGCAAGGAAUUAUUGCAUUGAAAACGAAUGAAACUCGAGUACAAAUGCAUAAAGUUGGUGGUAAUGCGGAAAUGUGCAAACGUUCGUUGGAUCAGUUCACAACCACCUCGAAUCAUAUGCCACUGAUACGAAUCAAUCAGAGAAUGCGUAUGGAAACAGGCCAACUUGAAAGUGUGCAACUGAAAAUGAUGGAUGAGCAUUCGUAUAUCGCGUUGAUAUGCGUAUCAUGUGGGCCAAGCAAGGAAGAUAUCAAAAAUCAAUCGGAAGUUCUCAAGGAACGGUUUGUCGACUAUUUGGAAUCGAAGCAAGCUGCUGGAAUAUGUAAUGUCGGAAAUGACCAAAAUCCGACGCCGAACACCAUCGUGCACAUUUUUCCGCCAUGCGAUUUUGCCUGUAGAUUCCUGCAAAAGAAUAGCCCCGAUUUGUUGGAUAUCUUUAGGCAACAAAAAGCCAGCUAUUUAUUCGUCGUUAUUACAUCGGCCAACUAG